AUUUCGUCUUCGCCAUAUUUACACAGUGAUGCCGGAAGGAGCUUCUCGGGAUUCAGCCAUGGCGGAGAUCUCUGAAGCACCAACUUCCUCCGAUCCACCAAACACUAAGUCCGAAGAGGAACAUUUCGACCCUAAAACCAUGCGUAAAACCAAGCCUGGAUUGAAGCGUUUAUUUCUCACUCUCACUGUCUUCAUCUCUUUUCUCAUCGCUUUGCCUUUCUUACUUAAGUCCAUAGAGAUUUACCGAGCACCAUUGCCUUUUGAAGACAUCGAUUUACUAUCAACCGAAAUGGAGAAGAAUCAUUUGUUGUUCCCUUGCCAAUUUCAAGUAGUUUUUGUGAAUUUCGAUGAUAUUACUGCUGUAAAUGAGCUAGGGCUUUUGAUCGAUUCUCAUAUGCAAAAACUGACUUCAGAAAAUUCUCCACCUUGUGGCGCGUGUGGUAACAAUGUUACUGUGGCUGUAACAAUUGAUUCCAAUUCCAACUGUAUUCACAGCGAAAGCGGAAAUGGCGACAGUAAAUGGCAGUGUGGUAUGUUGAAUGGAUUUGAUAAGGUGAAUGAUCAUGAUGAGGAUUUUGAUGAGUAUUUAGAGUCGGUAUUGGAUAGUAAGAAUAGGAAGGUUUAUACGGUUGUGGUGAUGAAUAGGAAGCAGGAGGACGUUAGAAUUGUGGUUGGAAAGUAUAGGCAUGCUUGGAUAGUAGGAAAUGAUUCUGUAGAGAAAGCUGUUGAGAAAAUGGCAGAGAUUUUUAUCAAAGUGUUUGUGAAUGGUGGGAAGGAAGAAGGAUCAAUUCGUGGGGAAUUCAUGCCAGUAGGUGCUGAUGGCAAGGUCGUGCUUUCUUUCAGUCUUUUGAAUUCUGAUCCACAUGAUUGGGUUUAUGAUUGGGAUUUUAAGGAGUUAGAUGAGAUUCUGCUAGCUCCUGUGGUUGAUGCUUUAAGACCAGUGGCUGACAUUAGUGUGGAAAGCCAGGUUCUAUAUCAUACUCCAAAGUCUUCAUAUUCAUAUUGGGAUGACACACAGGGUAGCUAUAUUUUCAGUACAAAAGAUCUUCCUUUCUUUGUAAAUUCAAAUGAAUGGCACUUGGAUACUUCAACAGCAGCUGGAGGGCGGUCAAAAGUCCUGCAUUUUGUGUUAUAUGUGCCAUCUGCAAAAGAGUGCCCUCUAAAGUUGCAGUUGCCAAAUGGAGAGAUUUCCAUGACAAAUGGUUUUAUAUCUCCGAUGUGGGGAGGUAUUAUUGUUUGGAAUCCACCGGCCUGUGUAGAGAAUUUUCAAAUGCAACAUCUUUCCAGGCACAAAAUUUCCUCUGAGGACUUGAAGAUGAUUUCUGAAGUUUUCAUGGGACAGUUGCGCCAACUAUUUGGUCUGAAGUCCGAGAGCCUUUACGUUGGUGGAUUCGCCACAUCUGUACUUUUAACCAGUGACAAAGGCUUUGCAGAAUGGGAGUUGGACGUGUUAUCUAGGCAUCACACAUGUUUCAAUCUUCUUCAGUGUGGCACCACCCUUGGAUCUCUUUCUCGAUUGGUUCAGUCACUUCCCAGGAUGAUAAUCAUGGAUGAAAUAGGAAAACAGGUAAAGUAUUCUCUUGAAGCUGCAAAAUUAUCUCUAGGCAAUGUGUCUUUAGGAUAUUCUGAUGCUUCUGCUGUUUCCUCAAGAAAAGCAAGAGCAUUAGCAGAGGAUGCCUUUUAUCAUCCAUCUAUGAUGUCCGUGAGCUAUUAUUCGUUUGAGCACUGUUUUGCUGUAUAUUCGCCAUUCUUUCUGCCAGUUUCACUGCAUGUGCUUCUUGCAGUCAUGAGAGAAUGGAAAAGAUAUAGAGUGGAAAACAGAAAGUACCUUGCAUGGAAGGUCAAGGUCAAAGUUGAGUAGCAUGCCAGAGUGGAAGCACAAAAACUGGUGUCCAUGGACAAUGCAAAAGUUGUGGGAAAAGCUUGUGAGGCUUGAUUGGAGAGAUGACACCUUUCGUGGUAGACGGUAGUGUACCGAAAAGUUUUGGAGAAUUGAGAUGUUGUACACUAACAUUCCAUGAAGAUUUUAUACAAAAUUGACUAGAUACAAAUUCACCUGUAUAUUUUUUUCUUCCGACACUAUCGUGCAAUGUUGUAGUACUACAGCGCAGAAUUUGCUUUGUGCAAAACAUUGUCCCCGAGAUGAAAUUUAGGCUAAAAAAUCAACUUU